UUAUUUUUGGAUAUUUAAAAAUACUUAACCUAACUUUUUAAUGUAGUGAGCGUUGUGGAGGUCUUUGUGAAGUAUGUUUUUACUCUUUACAACAAAAAGAAAGUUAAUAAAGGAUUAUUAUUGCAACUAUGCUUACUAAGAUAUGUUUAUUCGACGCAUUUUAUCUACUAAUUUAUUUUAUACAUCACUACAAAAAAGCUACACUUCAAUUAAAAAUGAUACAGCACGUCCUUAUAAUGUGUUAGUGAAUGACGAUAUCCCAGAAGUGUCCCCUUCUAUUAUUAAAAAGGCUCUUAGUAGUGCUAAUAUUACUUUUGAAGAAGGAAAUACUUGUUUUAUAGUCCCAUGUUCUGUUUGCUGCAAGUCAUCAAAGGCAGCUCCUAAAUUAUAUAUUAACACUAUGACAGGUAAUUUUUCAUGUACUUGUGGUAAUUUGGGGCAGUGGAAGACAUUUGAGCAGUAUUUUAUAAACAAACGGAGAAAGAAGUUAGCAGGCUCUAUUGAACCAUUUGUUGAUACUGGAAAACUGGAAACAAGCAAAAGUUAUUUAAGUAAUAUUGAAAGUAGUACCAAGAAGCUAAGUUCUUUAUCAGAAGAAAAUGUGAUAGCAAUUUUUAAAAGGUUUAAUUUGCCAAAUGUGCCAAUGUCUGCAUUGUCUAAUUUAGCAGUAAGGAUAGAUAGUAAUCAAAGUAAACUUUAUUUCCCUUUGGAAAAUGUUGAAUCUAGAACCGUAGGAUAUAGAGUGCUUAGUGUUGAAAAUAAGACAAAAAGAUCAAGCAAUACUUGUACCUAGUUUGCCAGAUUUUUUUGCACUUUUAAACAGUAAAUUACCUGGUUAUGCUGUUUGUCUUCCCA